AUGCCAUUUUUAGUCGAAAAGGAUGGCAAGAAAAAGGACAAAGAAGAGGGACUCCCCGAUCCCCUGAAGCCUUCUUCGUCUUCUUCAUCAUCAGCAGCAGCGGCAUUGCCCACCUCCGUGGACUCAUCAUAUGCUGCUGUCACGCCAAUCAGCGGUGGGAACCGUGGACUGAGCGGUGGAGCCAUAGCUGCAGUUGUCAUUGGAGUCCUCUUCGCAGUAGUCGUAUUUGGAGGACUAGCGACAUGGUGGUAUCUCAGGCGUAGAAAAGCGGCGGCGGCGGCGAGAAACAAUGGGACCAUCAAAAAGAACUUCGAUACCUUGAACGCGGCACCAAGUGACCUUGGGAGUGAGAAGACGUUGUUGUCGGAGUUGCAUGAGGAUGACCUGCGGGAGAUGGAUGCUGGAAAGGAUUCCACGGCGAAGUAUGAACUUGAUGGGCAGAAUARGGUAAAAGAGACGGUGAUGAAGGAGGGGAAGAGUGGUGAGAAGGAUGGUGGGCUUGUCGUGGAGUUGGAGGGAUGUACGCCCACACAGGAGGGGAAGCAGAAGUUCGGAUAG